AUGAAGUUCUCCGCCAUCGCCCUUGCUGCCCUCCUACCCGCUACGGCCCUGAGCGUCGCCUUGCCUGAAGCUGCUGCUGAACCAACAGCUCCCAGCCUUAUUUCAGAACUCGAUCCCAUCCCUGCCGCCGAGAUUGACCUCGAAACCAGAGACAUCGAGAAGCGUGCUGUCAAGGGAACCGUUGUCACCGACGGUCUCCGUUAUCGCACCUGUCCUAGGACUUCCUGUACUGCUGUCGGUCAGUAUGCGAAGGGAACUAGGAUCAAUCUCGUUUGCUAUACUCGCGCGAAUACUACCCCUGUUAAUGGUGACAAGGGUUGGGGUAAGCUGACGAACGGUAAUUGGGUUGCGUUGGCCUGGGGUAAAUAUGUUACCUGGGAGACCUCCCUGCCUGCCUGUUAA